CCUGCAGUCAGCCAAACCCCCUCCGCCUGUGCAGACGAUGGAGGAGCGGAUCUGAUCUGAUCUGAUCUACCGACAAACAUGCUGCUCGAUCACACUCGUGGUUCCUUCGAAACUUCCAGAAAGACGGACUGAUUGCUGUGUGAACUGAACCAGGCUGCAGUGGGAUUCAGAAGAAGUCUUGGUCAUGUACUCUGAGUGGCGGUCUUUACACCUGGUGGUCCAGAGCGAUCAGGGUCACCUGAGCGUGCUGCACAGUUACCCGGCAGGCGUGGGUCGUGAUGUGGCAAACGCGGUGGUGCGCCCCCUGGGGAACAGCCUCGUAAGCGGGCCGUCUGAGUGCCUCCUCAAGACUGACAAAGAGGUGAAGUGGACAAUGGAGGUGUUGUGUUAUGGACUGACACUCCCGCUGGAUGGAGACACAGUGAAGUUGUGUGUGGAUGUCUACACUGAUUGGAUAAUGGCCCUGGUGUCUCCCAGAGACUCGAUACCUCAGCCAAUAAUCAAAGAGCCCAACCUGUAUAUUCAGACCAUCCUCAAACACCUGCACAACCUUUUCCUGCCCAGGCCGGAGCACUUCAGUCUGAUGCACUUUAAGCUGUGUCAGCAGGUGUUGUCUGCAGUACAGAAACUGGCACGCGAUUCGUCCGGUAUGGCCAGAGAGACGUGGGAGGUGCUGCUCCUCUUCCUGCUCCGCAUCAAUGACACGCUGCUGGCCCCUCCCACUGUGGGAGGUGGUAUAGCCGAGAAGCUGGCAGAGAAAUUGAUCAGUGUGCUGUUUGAAGUUUGGUUUCUGGCCUGCACGCGCUGUUUCCCCACCCCGCCCUACUGGAAGACCGCCCGAGAGAUGCUGGCCAACUGGAGACAUCACCCUCCGGUGGUGGAGCAGUGGGGUAAAGUGAUCGCAGCUCUGACGUCCAGGCUGCUGCGGUUCAUGUAUGGCCCGUCAUUUCCUCCGUUUAAAGUGCCAGAGGAGGACGCCAGCCUCAUUCCAGCGGAGAUGGACAAUGACUGCGUGUCUCAGACGUGGUAUCGCUUUCUACACAUGCUCAGUAACCCGGUGGACCUGAGUAAUCCGGUCAUAGUGAGCUCCACUCCAAAGUUUCAGGAGCAGUUACUAGGGGGCAACAGCGUUCCUCAUGAAGUCAUCCAGCACCCCUGCCUCAAACAACUGCCCCAGAUCUUCUUUAGAGCCAUGAGAGGAGUCAGCUGCCUCGUGGACGCCUUCCUCGGAGUCACCGUGUCUAGGAGCAAUAUUCGAGACAGACUCCCCUCUAUAGGUAUAUCCCGCCCCCGGUCAGACAGUGCUCCGCCCACCCCUGUUAAUAGGCUCAGUAUGCCGCCGCCCCCAACCACAACCAACACUACACCCCCUCACAACCGCAGACAUCGCCCCACUGCUGUUACCAAGACAACCAGCAAAGCCUCAACGACCGGUCAGACCAAAGUCUCACACCAGCCAUCCUCCACCUCCCCUCUCUCCAGCCCAAACCAGACGAGCUCCGAGCCCCGACCGCUUCCUGCUCCGACCCGGCCAAAGGUCAACAGCGUGCUGAAUCUGUUCGGCCAAUGGCUGUUUGAUGCCGCGCUGGUCCACUGUAAACUCCACUCCGGCCUGAGCCGAGACAGCAGUAUGACGGCAACAUUUUUCCAAAUUCUUCUUUCUUAUAAAUCUUCCUUGGCGACUCAAGCUGGAGUUGAACUGAGACGUAAAGGAUCUCAGAUGUCCACAGACACCAUGGUGUCCAACCCUAUGUUUGACGCUAAUGAAUUUCCUGAUAAUUAUGAGUCUGGUCGAGCUGAAGCUUGUGGAACGCUCUGCAGGAUCUUCUGCAGUAAGAAGACUGGAGAGGAGAUACUUCCUGUCUACCUGUCCAGGUUCUACAUGGUUCUGAUUCAGGGUCUUCAGAUAUCAGACUUCAUCUGCAGGCCAGUUCUAGCUAGUAUCAUCCUGAACUCCUCGGCUCUGUUCUGCUCCGAUCUCAAAGGGAUUAAUGUUGUGGUUCCAUACUUCAUAUCUGCACUGGAGACAAUACUUCCUGACCGAGAGUUGUCCAAGUUUAAGUCAUAUGUGAACCCCACCGAACUAAGAAGAGCUUCUAUCCAUAUCCUGUUGUCAAUGCUUCCUCUGCCUCAUCACUACGGAAACAUCAAAUCGGAGGUGCUUUUGGAAGGGAAAUUUAGCAAUGAUGAAAACUCACUUCACGACAAGCCGGUCACCUUUCUUUCUCUGAAGCUGCGUUUGGUCAAUAUUCUGAUUGGUGCCCUGCAAACAGAGACGGACUCAAUCAACACACAAAUGAUUCUCGCUGCAAUGCUGAAUAUCGUGCAGGAUUCUGCUUUGAUGGAGUCUGUUGGUGCUCAAGCUGAAGUGGUGAGUGCGGAUGGUCAUCCUCUGGCUAAGAGUCACAGUCGCAAUAACAGUGGCAUCAGCAACGCCAGCGCCGGCAGCUCAGAGGCCACAACGCCAGACAGCGAGCGACCCGCCCAGGCCCUGCUGAGAGACUAUGCUCUCCACACAGAUACGGCGGUUGGACUGCUCAUCCGCAGCAUUCACCUGCUCACACAGAGACUCAACUCGCAGUGGAGACUCGACAUGAGCAUUUCACUGGCCGCUCUUGAGCUGCUUGCCGGACUCGCCAAGGUGAAGGUGAGUGUGGAGUCAUCAGAUCAUAAGCGUGCGGUGAGCUCCGUGUGCAGUUAUAUCGUGUAUCAGUGCAGUCGUCCCGCUCCGCUCCACUCGAGAGAUCUGCACUCCAUGAUCGUCGCUGCAUUUCACUGUCUGUGCGUGUGGCUCACAGAACACCCCGACAUGCUCAACGAGAAGGAUUGCCUGAUCGAGGUGUUGGAGAUCGUAGAGCUCGGCAUCUCGGGCAGCAAGUCCAAAACAGGCGAACAGGAAGUGAAGUAUAAAGGUGACAAAGAGCACAACCCGGCGUCCAUGAGGGUCAAAGAUGCAGCCGAGGCCACGUUAUCAUGUAUAAUGCAAGUGUUGGGGGCGUUCCCGUCUCCCAGUGGCCCCGCCUCCCCCUGCAGCCUGCUGAAUGAGGACACGCUCAUUAAAUAUUCACGUCUCACCUCCACGUCUCACAGUAACUUUAGAUAUUUCGUUCUGGAUAACUCCGUCAUACUCGGCAUGUUGGAGCAACCGCUCGGAAAUGAACAGAAUCCCUGUCCGUCAGUUACCAUGUUAAUCAGAGGAAUGUCUGGUCGACAUGCGUGGACGAUGCAGCUCUUCCAUCAGCCCAAAGGAGCAAGAGCCAAUCAGAAGCAGGUGUUUGUUCCAGAAAGUCGACCCACUCCCAAAAAUGAUGUAGGAAUUCGAUAUAACGUGAAGCACAGACCGUUCCCGGAGGAAGUAGAUAAGAUUCCAUUUGUGAAAGCUGACCUGAGCAUCCCAGAUCUCCACGACAUUGUGAAUAAAGAGUUGGAGCAGCAGCAUGAUAAGCUUCGAUCAGUGAUGGGUAAACAGAUAGACUAUGAGGUGAAGUUGGAGCAGCAGACUGAGGACUUAUGGAGGAACAAACCCUUCCCUGAUCCUCUGACGGACUGUAAACCUCCAGCACCCGCUCAAGAGUUCCAGACCGCUCGACUCUUCCUGUCACACUUCGGCUUCCUGUCACUAGAGGCACUCAAGGAGUCUGGUAACAGUAGACUCCCUCCUCACCUCAUCGCUCUCGACUCAUCGGUGUCGGGCUUUUUUGAUGACAUUGGCUCUCUGGACCUGUUACCAUCACGACCAUGUGACACCGUCUUCAUCUUCUACAUGAAAGCAGGACAGAAGAGCAGCCAAGAGAUUUUGAGGAACGUGGAGUUUUCUUCAAACGUACAGCCUCAUUUCCUGGAGUUGUUGUUGUCACUGGGCUGGCCGGUGGAGGUCGGGCAGCACCCUGGUUGGACAGGCAGUGUGUUCACCAGCUGGACAAUCAACACAUCUAAUGGCACUGAAACUCCAGAUGAAUGUGUGACUGUGGGUGACACCGGCGGCGGUGUGUUUAACGGAGAGAAGCACGUUCUCUAUUACGCUGAUGCACUGACGGAAAUCGCUUUUGUCGUGCCGUCGCUAACAGACUCUUCUGCGGAGUCUUCAGAGAACAGUUUUCCGACCGCAGACUCUGACUCUCAGAUGGAGUUGUUACCCAGUUUACUGAAACAGCCCAACCUCACACUCGAGCUCUUCCCUAAUCACUCUGACAACAUGGGACCAACACAACGGUCCCCCACAGUGAAAAGCAGGAAGUUGCCAGCAGGCAGGACGAUACCUCCAUUAGGACCAUACACUAAAGUGUUGGUGGUGUGGGUCGAGCGAUACGAUGACAUUGAGAAUUUUCCAGUGUCAGAGUUACUGGCUGAGACGAGUACAGGUGUGGAGACGGCCAUCAACAGCAGCACUGGCAGGUCCAGCUCUUCAGAGAAAGAUGUUCCUAUAAUAUUCAUCCAUCCACUGAAGACCGGACUGUUCCGAAUCAAACUACAUGGAGCGAUGGGCAAGUUUAACAUGGUGAUUCCGCUGGUGGACAACAUGGUCGUGAGCAGGAGAUCACUUGGUUUCCUGGUGCGUCAGACGGUAAUAAACGCGUGUCGACGGAAGCGUCUAGAAAGCGACUCGUACAGCCCGCCCCAUGUGCGACGGAAACAGAAAAUCGCCGAAAUCGUGAACCGUUAUCGUAACAAACAGCUCGAGCCGGAGUUUUACACCUCACUGUUUCUGGAGGUCAAUGAGAGCAGCCUCAACCCUUAAACACAAAAGUGGAUCAUCGUCGAAGAUGUGUUAACGGUGUUUUAUGUCAAUUGGCAAAUACACAAAUACUUGUGUAACUUAAAGAAACUUCAACACUUUCAGUGCCCACCUGAGAGGAAUGGUCCGUAUCUUAAUAUGCAUUAUAUAUUAAAUUUCUCCUGUCCUCAUUGGUUGAAUCUCACUUAAACAUGUCCAGGGGAUAUUUUAUCUCAAAAUGAAAAGAAAUAAAUAUGUUGUUUGCUUAAAGAAAAUGAAAUCUUUUUUUUUUUGAAGUCCAAUAACAUUGAAUGCAUUGUGACAUCAUUUUGAUGACAGUCAAGCACAUUCCCGCCCCAAGAUUGAUUCUCAUUUCUGUAAUAGUCAUUAAUACUGCAAAAUAAAGUACUACAAAUACUACUAUGAUAUAUACAUUCAAAACAUAUAUACAUAAUGCAUAUAGUACAUAUAUUAGAUAAAUACAAUUUAUAUAUAACCAUAUAUAUAUUUAUCAAUGUGCUUAAUUGUCAUAAUGCAAUUUGUUUUUUUAAAGGUACUCAAAUUAGGCUUCAUUUUCAUUAUGCAAACUUGACUUUAUAGGGUAUCUAAUAUCAAAUUUGCUUGCUUUUUAUUUGUUGGUGAAAAGUAACCCAGACAUGUUCUUGAUGUGUUUCAUGAGAUUCAUGUCAUUACUGUAAUUCACAAUAAAUUGCCUUUUUAUUUCAUCUAUUAUUUUACACAUCAAGGACCGGGACUGUGAAUGUCCUCGCAUCCGUUUCCUCUGAAAGCACUUAUUACAAAUGAACACUAAUCUCCAUGGCGAAUUAUAUGACGCCAGUAGCUUCCUUCCUCCAAACACACACACAUAGAGUCUUUAUCACCCUCAGGUCACAUGUCUCAUUCUAUAUGUUUAACGUGGCCAGGUAAAUUCAAUGCACUCCAUGGCACGCUCAAUUCAGUCGCUUUUUUCUGGAAAUUGUGUCAUGUUUUAUCGUCUACAGACGAUGAGAAAUGAGAACGUUAAGCUAUAAUUGUGUCUCAUUUCUGAAAUCCUCCAAGGGAUUUUGAUGGCGAUUGUUAAUUGCCAAAGCAGACGAAAUACGAGUGUUUUCCGACACAAUUUUGACAAACGUUUGGCCGUUAUUGACUAGUCGCCACUCACUCACAAUGCGUUUUAAAUGACGUUAUAAGGGCUUUUCAUUUAUUUUCAGUUUCUAAAUAUACAGUACAUUUCUGCUGGAAGUCAGAAACACUGUUACGCAUUUUUCGGCCAAAUUUAACCAUCAAACCAACAUGAAUUCACCCAAACUGACACGUUCAUUCGCUGAGCUGUCACAUAUUUUAGUUUCAUAUCUUUUGAUCUUAUGUUGGCAUAACAGAAAUGAAACAUUACUGUUUUUAUCCGCCGUUCUGUUUAUACAGUAUAAUUCUUGUGUCAUAUAAUAAGGUAAUUUCACCCAAACACGACGCCAGUUUUGAUGUCCGUUUUUUCGUAAGAACAAUUCUAGAAUAGAAUUUCACGUCCCGUUUUUAUGGUCAGAAAACUUGGAAGUUCUCCGAUAACGCUACUGUUUUUGUAAGAAUCAAACUGUAAAGACCGACAUGCACCGUACAGGAUGUUCAUGUGGUCGGUUGGAGCGUCUCUUUCCUCUUUAACGUGUGUAAAUAUUGACAGCAUGGACUUUGUAUAAAGUUUGACUUUCUAUGUAAAUAUGCGGGUGUGAAGUUCGCUCACUCAUCUUAUACUAUUGAUUAGGGACGACAAGAAAUGAACGCUUGUUUGUAUUUAUGCCUGUCAUAUACAAUAUGUGUCCAAAAGAAACAUUGGAUAUUGAAUGUAACACAUGUAAUGAAAUAAACAUUUUAAUAAAAUUCUUAUCAUACA